UCGUCCCGCUCGUAAAACUAUCCAUGCAUAUCAUAUAUCGCAAGUAACAGAAGCGUUCGCUUAGCAACCGAUUUAUCAAUUACCCCAACACGCAUUUAAGAAUUUAUUGCAUAUAUGAAGAGAUUUAAGUGAUUUUCACACUUAAAGUAGAGCCACGAUAGCCAAGUUUCGACUGACUUUUUGCUUUAAAAAAUAAGGACGCUUCGCAUUUGAUAAUGUUUUGAUUGUGUGUUGGGGUAGACGUCUGAUAGCAACUCGUCCGUACGACUGUCACCGCGAGCGUUAGAAAACUAAAACAGUUUUUGUGCAUCAUGCGGACUAUUACAGAGGAAGAAAACCCGUCAGAUCUUGUCACAAGUGAUGUGAAAAAUCCACCAUGGGGUACAGAGCCCCAAACACCAUCUACAGCCACAGGAACGCGCAAGUCGUUCCCGUGGACCACGUAUUCCAAGGACUAUAUAGGUCUUCCGGGAUCCGUAGCUCAACCUCAAAGAAUGCGUACCGCGGAGCAUCUACCCCGGGGCUGGCCAUUUGAGACGACGCACUACGCGGGGACCUUUCGCACCCCUCAGGUCGGUUACAGCAGGCACGGGGUCCCCACUCCUGCGUCUGUACACAGGAGAAAUAAUCCGCAUGCAAGGAUACAGGACCCGUGGCACUACCCCGAUAAGACAUAUUUAGUAUGGAAGAACGUUCCCAGUCUGUUCCCCCCUCCUCGCGAGACCCAAUCAGCGCCACCGAACAUCUUACAAAACGAUAAACACCGAUGGUUCAACACCACAUACAAGACAACAUUCAACGCCAGACCGCUUGUACCUCCCACCUUCAACCCGAAAAAGAAUUCUUGGAAGCCCGAUCGCUGGAGACCUGAAUCGAAAGCACAAACUCCAGCUCUGCACUGGCAAACUACCACCACUCACGAUUUCAGGGGUGCACUGGGACGCCCUACUACAACUGAAAGGCCGCAUGAUAUGUCAUGGAGCAACCUGAGCAUGUGAUUACUUUAUGCCUGGUGCACACUAGUGACAUAAUGACAUGAGAGCGUGCGCGCGCCUAUGUUGUUAUGUCGUUGUGUCACCAGUGUGCAUUACCAUCGAGCGCUGAAAUGCUUCGUCCCUGCUUUCGGAGGUUUCUUUGUUUGACAGACCACGCUGUGAUGUCUUUGUUGCAUGCAGAUGACACUAUUUUUAUGGAUUGCCGUUUAUUUUCUAACAAUUUGGACUCGGUGUUCAGAGAUUAUAUUUUUCAUAAACAUAGAAUUAUUUCUAGAACGUCCCUACGAUGAUAAACAGCAGGGCAGUAUAUAAUGCCUAGUGCACACUAGCGACAUAUCGACAUAACGACAUGAGCGCGCGUACUGUAAUCUUCGACAUAACGGCAUAAGAGAAUUUUUUUUUUCAUGUCGUUAUGUCGGGCUAAACAUAGUGCGCACGCCCAUGUCGUUAUGUUGUUAUGUUGCUAGUGUGCACUAGGCAUAAGCAAAGUGGCCGUGAACACCCUGGAUCCCACCCCCUAGGCAACCGCUGCCUUGCUGAAGUACUUACUACUUACGGGGGAGUAUGCAGCGUGAAAUGAUUGGCAACAAAGUUUUCAAAAAUACAUAUUUUCAUCCUUUUAAUGUUCUAUGUGGUAUGAGUGUCGGUUGAAAUUGCUCAAAUGUUUUUAUCCUUAUUAUCAUGAAUGAUAGAUACUAGUACUAUUGUUGCACAAAUAAAGAUUAUUUUUUCUCA